ACUGACCUCAUUACUCUUAGCAUGGCGGCUUAUGUCGGGGCUCUGUGCCCUUGUGUCUACAUUCUCGCUGCACUGGCGAUUUCUAAUGGCUUUAACUUGGACCCUAGAUUCUCCGUUAUUAAGAGAGGACCUGAUGGUAGCUAUUUCGGAUUUUCUGUAGCCGAACAUCAAAUCGUCGCCGAAAGCUUCGACGGCAAACCCGAGGAUUUACCCGUUCAGGAAAAUGUAUUGUUGAUCGGAGCACCGAAAGCCAAUUCUGAAGUUCUGUUGCAAGUAAAGAGAAGUGGCGCCAUCUACAGGUGUCCUGCAGACAGCACCUUGGAGGAUGACUGUGAACAGCUCAAAGAUGCACCUUUCAAUUCUUUACCGGACAAGGAAGAAAACAUGACGGACCAGUGGCUUGGAGUCGUGGUCCAGAGUCAGGGAAAGGGACGGAACGUGUUGGCCUGCGCUCACCGCUACAUGCGAAGCAACUAUGGGCUGGGAAUGUGCUACACCCUACUACAGUCCUUGGACUACCAGGAGAAGUGGCGGCCAUGUUUGGGACGUCCUGUGGAGCAGCUACAUCGGCAGUUCGGUGUGUGUCAGGCCGGCGUCAGCGGCAUGUUGUUAAAGGAUGAUGGUUUCAUAAUGGGAGCUCCUGGGUCGUUUGACUGGCGUGGUGUGAUGUUCAAGGGGAACAUGAGUGAGGUGCUUGGAGCAGACAAGUCCUUCUACUACACCCCAGUGCCGACAGAAGGGGAUUCCCCAUCUCCUACAGAACCCAAACCCCCUGUGGACAAGUACGCUUACCUUGGUUAUUCUGUGACCAGCGGAGUAUUUGAUCAGUCGAAUCAGAAGUACUACAUAGCAGGUGCCCCCCGCUCUGGGCAGACGGGAGAGAUCGUCAUCUUCUCACAGAUCCCAGGCCGAAAUCUCCUGUAUGCUGAAAACCAGAUCAUAAAGGGCAAGAGAGACUUUUCAUCAUUCGGACAUGACCUGCUGACGAUCAAUUUGAACAAUGACAAAUAUGAUGAUCUUAUAGUCGGAGCUCCAUUCUACCACGAUACCAAUGUUGGCGGUGCCAUCUAUAUCUAUCUGGGUGGAGGAACUGCAUUGAACAAGUACACAGAACCCAUCGUGAUCCUCAGCCGGCAGAUGAACGACCAGGAAUGUCGGAAACUUCAGUGUGAACACGCCAGGUUUGGCUUCAGUCUCAGCAAGGCCGGAGACCUAAAUGGAGAUGGCUACCAAGACUUCGCUGUGGGUGCUCCAUAUGAGGGGAACGGCACUGUCUACAUCUUCCAUGGCUCCAAGAAAGGAGUCGUAGAGAAGUUUGCACAGAGAAUCACGGCAGAAGAACUCCCCAGCUCCAAUCUGGAAUCUUUUGGCCACUCUCUGUCUGGCGGAAUGGACCUGGACAGCAACGGCUACCCAGACCUGCUGGUCGGGUCGUACGAAUCCAAUGAAGUUUCCCUGAUCAGGGCGCGACCAAUCAUCCAUCUGAUUUCCAAUGUGACCCUGGAACCCAAGAUGAUUGACCUGUCCCAGCCCCCAUCAUGCCAGUUUGAUACUGGCGUUCAGAAACACUGUAUUCAAAUCACCAUUUGCCUCAGUUUCAAGGCUGAACCCCAGAAAAGCUUUACAAACCGACCCAGAAUUGUCUACAAGAUAGAAACCGAGAAGUCAAGAAGUAUUUCUCGAGUUUUAUUGAAAAACCCAUCUGAAGCUAAUGGCCGUAUAAAGGAAGACACUCUGACCCUUCGCCAACAAACAAACCCCCGGCCGAGGUGUACCAGGGAGAUUGCUUAUCUCGAGGACGCAUUCCAAGACAAACUGAACCCACUGAUCUUCGACAUCUCCUACAAGUUGGAGGAACUGUCUUACACACGCCCCACGCCUGGACAACCCCUGCCCAACAUCAACGACUACCCCAUCCUCGCUACUGCAGGGGCAGAGAUGGAGACAACUAAGACGGCACUCACCGCCAUGGUGGAGUUUGUCAAGGACUGCGAGGGAGAAUGUAACAGCAACCUCCAGUUUGAGGCCAGCCUUGACCUUCCUAUGGAUUCUUCUGGACGUUACGUUCUGAGCCAGGGCGAUCAGGAUGUUAUCACAUUGACAAUGACAGUCCGCAACGUAGAGGAAGCAGCCUACCUGACAAGGGUGUACAUAAAGAAGCCGGAGACGCUCCACUACCAGGGCCGCGACACGCUUGACGCAACCAACAAGGACACCGAUGUGAAGUGUGACACAGUGGAGGGCAAUAAAUCCCUGAUCGAGUGUGGCGAUAUCGGCAACCCGCUCCCCAAGGAUAACUUUGUCAGUUUCAUAGUGAAGAUGGACUCGUCCAAGCUGCAGCCCUCACAGGAAGACCACCAGAUCAUCGUAUGGGCAAACACAUCCAGCACAGAAACAACUCCAGAAAAUGACCUACACACAAUGAGUUUCCGUGUCAUAAUUAUUGCUGAGAUGACCGUCAAUGGUGUAUCGAGUCCAGAUGACCCUAUCAUCUUCAGUGGCAAUGUCCGUGGAGAGAGCGCCAUUAAGAUUGAAGAUGAGAUCGGACCACCGAUCAACCAUACAUUUGUGGUGACAAAUUUUGGACCAGGCGUAGUGUCUCAAUCAGAGUUAACCAUCUACUGGCCUUACCAGACUGAGAAUGGGGAACCCCAGGGCAAGCACCUGUUGUAUCUGAUGCAAGCACCACAGGUGAUGAACGGUCCGGCAGAAUGCAUCAUCACCCCCGAGAUCAUCAACCCACUGGAGAUAAAGGUUAAUCCCGACUUUAACAUCCGCCAACCCUCACGGAAUUUACGGAAAGCGGCCAUCCCCGCCCCUGCUCCUAGCCCUGACGCUGCACCCAGUCGGAGACGUCGGGCGUCAACAGGGGCAGUUCGGACAAAGAGGAAUGACAAUCGUCGAGAUGUCGUACUGGACUGUCGGCGUAAAACAGCAAAAUGCCAUGAGAUCAAGUGUACCAUCGGAGAGAUGUCAAAGAAUGCCUAUGUGCAGAUCAAGAUCCGAGCCCGUCUCUGGGAGAGCACGCUGCUCCAGGACUAUAUGAACGUUGGAGAGGUGAAGAUCCGGUCUAAGGCUGAACUGUACAUAGAUCCCGCACUCAACAUCGAGUCCAAGGAAACCACCAACGAGAAUUAUGCUACCACUAUAGCUAUCCCGGAUGUGAAGGAACAGAAGACAGUUGGCCUGGAGUGGUGGAUCAUCGUUGUGGCAGUGUUGGCAGGAAUCAUCCUGUUGGCCGGACUCAUUCUGCUGCUCUGGAAGCUUGGGUUCUUCAAGAGGAAGAAGCCAGAGGACAUGGUGACCUACCAGGGAGAGGUGAAGAAGCAGAAGGACAUGGAUGAGGAAGAACAGUGAAUCACACAGCGCCACGACAACAAAUAACCGUGAUGGAAGGACCAACUAGGGCUAUAACGAUGCACCAAGUACUGGUGUUUGGCAGGACUCUGUACCGUGCAAUGAGUAUGGUAUCAGGUGGUCAUUCAUUGAACAGACCUGUACAGAUCUGUAUAAGGGAGACACGAAAUGGUAUGAACAUUUAUUGUGAAAUGUUAGAGGUUACUUGCCACUGUUUAGUGAAUUGAUUCAAGUCUACUAAGUCUUUAACUAUUUAAGCCACAGUUUUCAUUCCUUACACACAUCAAAUGUGAAAGUUUCACUCGUGUGUCAUGGUAAGAAUGUUAUGGUUAUAUAGUGUAUCGUUACAGUCCUAUAGAGGGCGCUUCAGUAUUACCAGGAUAAUAACGCCCUAGUUACGGUAGUCAUGGUCGGAGUACAUCUAGCUUCAGUUGUACUUGUGGGGCACACAAUUCAGCAGAAGUGUAGAAACUUAAAACGGUUUGAGGCUUGUUAUGAAACCUGGAUGUGACUUACACUUCGUCUUACUUGGGAUUCUUUGUGUAAUAAUUUUGGCACAGGUUUCUAGGGGCUCAUAUUCCUUGGGCAUGAAUAUGAGCCUUGGGCUUCAGGGAUCUCAGACAGAUUCCUUGAGUAUGAAUAUGGGCCUUAGGUUUCAAGGGGCCAAACAGUUGUCCCCAUGUAGUGCUUGGCAUUGAGAUCUAUUGAGGAGGGAUUGAUUUCCGUGUGGGAUAUGAAAGUGCUUGAAAUGUCUUUUGGAAAGUGAAAUUGUUUAUUUGUUUAGUGCACCAGAGUAGCCUUGAUUCUGGAGCUGUAAGGCUUUGGUCAGCCAUGUUGGAAUGGAUCAGCCUCGCUUUGAAUCAAUCAGCCUCUCUUUGAAAUCAUCAGCCUCUCUUUGAAUGGAUCAGCCUCUGUUUGAUAUCAACUGUACAUUAACCAUUUUUGUUUGUUGACAAUGAAAUUAGAACAUGUUCUUUUGAUUCAAUGUUCUGACAUAGUGCAGGACUUCCAUACACUUUAAAUCAUGUAUGUUCCUGACUUUUUGCACCAAGAUUUAGCCCUUGUGCAAUAACUGAGCAGUAUUUUGUUCAGAUAAUUAGUACAGCAUCUUAUGAGAAAAACCCAGCCCAAACUACCCCAAGAAAAAUCAAAUUAUCCACCAAUAUUUGUGAUUAAUGAAGGCCAGAAUCAGAUCACUUUGGUAAAUUGGUUUCUAAGAGGAACUGCUUUCUUAAACACAAACUAUGUAUGCAAUUGUUCUUUCAAACGACUGUGCCUUUGUGUAGUCUUUCAAUAUCUGUAUGUUUCCUGCAAGUUCAUGUGUAGAGCUGUAUUUAUGUAUUUAACAGUAUAAGAAUAAGCACGUACAAGAAUUCAAACAUCAAUUCUUUUGAUCAUCUUAUGUAUAUUCAGCUUGGAAGCACUUGUGAAGCUUAAUUGCUUUUUAGAGGUGAUAAUUAAUACUAGUAUUUCAUAUUUGACAUAUAAAUCUACAUUGGAUGUUAAUGAUGCCAAGACUUCUAAAGAUAAAACGGUGGAGUCUGUUUAUUUAGCAGGGCACUUAAUACUUUGAAUACAGUACUGUCAUCUUCGUCACUAGUGUGUAGCAGAAGCUGGGUACUAGCAAUUGAAACCUAUAUGUUGUAUUAUUGUAUGACGAUGUUGGUGAUUUAGGGAACAAAAAUAAUCUACCAAAUGCUCAGCUAUUUUAUAAAUAUGUUAAUACAAUGUUUUAACUAGUUUGGAUUUUGUGAGGAUUUUUGACAUCUUGCAUAACAGUUCAUGUUGGACAAUGAUAAUAUAUUGAUCGGAGAAGUUGAUUGAACAAUGAUAAUGUAUUGAUUGGUGAAAAUGACUGGACAGUGAUAAUGUAUUAAGCGGAGAAGUUGAUUGGACAGUGACAAUGUAUUGAUCAGUGAAGAUGAUAGGACAGUGGUAGGUAUUGAUCGGUCGAACUCGCAGGUCAAAGACCACAGUAGCCCAAAUUGUUGGGGUGAAUUUGUAGAAUUAUGGGCUUGAUACGGCAGUCUUCACUAUGAUAUUAUUGUGAAUGAUGCAUAUAUGCUUAUGGUGUGCACUGAAGUGUGUCAUGAAAACGGAUGUAGAUAUUUGUUACACUUUAUAUUUAUGAGUGUACUUGUAUUACGUAGCUGUGGAAUGAUGUGUGGAAUGCCAGCCUGUGUGGCCAACUUCACCUGAAAACUGUCAGAUGUAAUUCAGUUUGUAAAUACUAUUUUCAUUUAAUGUAAUAUGUAUUAAUCAUUUGAAGUGUAACAAACUUAAGCUCAUUGGAUCUUGAAAAUUUCAAAAAGAGCUUGGAGAAUAUGAUUUUGUGGUAUUGCAUAUGUUUCGAUUAUAAAUGAUACUUGGUGAUGAGAAUGUGUGAUGUGUGUGAGAAAUGUGGCACAAUGUGUUGUCGGAAGGUCGAGUUCUGGUGUGACUUGACACAAAUGUUCAGACUCACCCCGGUUCGAUGGCCGCAGUUCCCUGUGACAAAACGCAAUAAAUGGUGACGUAGAUGUGGUUUGAAGACAGCAACAUAUAACAUGGGCAUUAUUUCUGUAGCUCUCCUGUUGCAUGUGUCCUAGCAGUGGUCUGUUCUGCCUCCGCUUAGUUAAACUUUGUCUUGUUAAAUGACAACUCAUUUAUAUGUCCAUUAAUUAGUAGAAUGCUGACAACACAAGCGUAGUACAGGUCCUCUAAAGCUGGUGCAUUAAUAUAACUCAAUAGCCACCCACACCCUACCAUGCACAGGACAUGUCCUCUCAAUCUCUGCCACCUUACCUGAAUACUUAGCUAACAGAACAAAUGUGUAUAACACUGCAUGGUGUCCUCCCGUCAUUCCUGUGUAACCAUGGUAACCAGACAUAGGUGUGUUUGGUGCUUUAGUGGGAAAUGCUUUUCUUAUCAAUGCUCACAGAUGUAAAGACUUAGUGCCAGAUUGGCCCUGCCACAUCGUCAUUUGAGCGCUACAAAUCAAAUGUAAAAGUUUGGGCAUUGUGAUCACCUUAGUGCUAAACUUACCUUCGUAGAGUGUAAUGCUGGUCAAUUACUAUUUCGUCAAGUUUAUUUUAUUUGAAAAUCCCAAACCAUGAUGAACUCCCAGUGGAGAAAAUGUAGUUGUUUACCGUGUCUGAUGUAUUUAGCAUCAUGAGAAGGACGAGGAACUUAUUCCUUUCAAGUGUCAGGAAGAUUCUGAUAAAUUUGUCAAAUUCUGAAGUUGAGUUUCUAAACUGACCUAUACAUUUGUUUAUUUCUCUUCUUGCAAUGGAAGAUGUAUAACUGAUGUCUGUGGUGUUUACAAUGUGGCACAGAGCAGUACCUCAGGGCGUUAAAUACAACAACUACGGUAAUCAUGUCUGAGUGCCAGGAGACUGUACUCCCGAAUGGCUGACGUUGUCCCUUAAGAAUCUAAUAACAGAUCUCAGGUGGAAGUUGUUGGGUGUAUGAUGCUCUGCUGUUUGUCGUAAAACCAAACGUUUCUGGCUUUUGCAAGUGUCAUGGAAACGAGGGAUGAAAGUGAAAUGAUUGGAAAAUAUGAUUAUUAUAAAGCAAUAUAUCAGCCAUGACCAUCCAAGGAUUCUUUUGGGGUGGUUGAGAGGGGAUACUACAUAGUGUACCGUGAUACGUCCGAAAUUUAAUGUACCUUUGAGGUGGCUGAAGGCUGAGUAUUUGCAGCGAGCCAUGAGCCUGACCAGUACACCAUGUUUGUACAGGACCAAACGAUCAGAAUCAAUAGUGGGUGAUGUGAAAGAAUUAGCUUGUCUCACUCUAGACCUGGGUUUUGAUUCCCAACAUGGGAACAAUUUAACCAAUGUCUCAGGGUACUUCAAGGUACAUGGUAGUGGUACGCGGUACAUGUUAGUGGUGCCUGCAUCAACAGUGACAUCCCAGAAAUGACAGCAUCUUCAUCAGGUAUACAUGUCACUACCUCCACAACAUCAUCUGCAGAGUUUGGAAAUAGACAUUCUUGAGCAUGUAGCACCUGUUGUGAUGUAGAGAAAUCUUUGUCCUUUGCAUGCUCAUGUUAGUCAUAUAUCUAUAAGUAUCAAUUCUAUCUAAAUCUCACCAUAUACCUGUUACAUGUACCAAUGAUUGUAUUUGACAUUGUAUUUGUUUUUCCCCAACUUUACCCAUCGUACUAUUAAGAAAAAUUUAAUAUUCAUUUUUAUAAAAAUAUUGCUUACCAUUACAUAUUAUAAACAAUUUUACAUCAACAAAAAAAAUUUUUUCAAGAGCC